UGUAUUUUUUGUAUGGUGGUCCAAACCUUGGGGCCCCUAAUUCACCAUCAUUUACCCAAUCCCCUCUCCCUCUCUCUCUUUCUUGAAUUCAGAGAAUCACAACAUAACCUUUCCUAAUUCUUUUCAAUCUUUGUCUCAGAGUCUUCACCAUGACCUCCCAAUCGCCGCCGCCACCACUACCGUCCACAACCCAGGUUCCUCUUAUUCAAUUAAAGACGGAACCUGUAGUGGACGAACAACAAGAAGAACAAAAAGAAAAACUGAUUGAAACUCAAACUGUCCCGCCUGCUAGGGCGGGGGCGGGACAGUAUACAAAAAGGUCGUCUACUAAAGACCGCCACACGAAAGUUGAGGGACGGGGCCGAAGGAUCCGGAUGCCGGCUACAUGUGCGGCACGGGUAUUUCAACUUACUAGAGAGCUCGGGCACAAGUCCGACGGCGAAACAAUACAAUGGCUUCUACAACACGCUGAACCGUCCAUAAUUGCCGCUACUGGUACCGGUACUAUCCCUGCCAUCGCCACGUCAGUAAACGGCACCUUAAAAAUCCCCACCACCUCCUCAGCCUCCACCAACGCCUCCGAAUCAAUCGAUAGAAAAAGAAAACUCCCUUCUGAUUUCGAUAUAAAUCGAAACCAAAAUAUCGAAAAUAUCGAAAAUAUUGAAAAUAUCUCAUCCGCACCCACCACUACCUCCACCGCCACUGUUCUAGCUCCUCUUACAACAACCAUGGUACAACAACCUCAAUCUUUUGUUCCGGUAUGGGCCAUACCAGUCAACGGAACGACGGCGUUUUGGACGUUUCAGCCGCCGACAACAUCAUUUUUAAACAUCUCUCAAACACACACGCCCACGCCCACACCCAUCUCAUUUUUCAGCUCUGGAGAAUCGAAACCAACAUCAAGCAACACAACAAACUCAACAUCCUCUGGACCCGACACAACAUCAGCAACUCAAGUGGGGAGAAAAGAAUUUCAUUUCAUUCAGGCAAAUCAUCGAACACCUUCCGAGCAUUAAAAACACUAAGUUUCAGACUUUCAUCCUUUUUUUUUUUUUUUUCAUUUUUGAUUUUUUGUUUCAUUAUCUUCAAGAACGUGAGCACGUGAGUGAAGAGUACGAGUAAAGUGGGGUCUACAAGGUGGGCAGGCUUUGGGUGUAGGUGGGGCUACGGUAAAUGUGGUGGGACCGUGGUUAUGGUGCAUAAGUGGGCCCCGGUAAAAGGACCACUUUUGGUGGAUCGUGGGUCUGCAAGUGGGCCACUUGUUUUUAAAACCGUUGAUUAUAUGCGCGUUAAAGUGGGACCCACGGGUUACCGUGGACCUGCGCAGCAAUGUAGCAUACGGCAACGAAGUCUGCCAUGUGUCGUAAUCGGGAUGGGGUUAUGACACUUUGUAGGGCUUCGACACGUGGAUGUCUGUCAUUGGUUGUUUUAUUUUUAGUAAUAUUUCGUUUUUUUUUUUUAAUUUUUUUUAGUUUUUAAUGGGUCCAUAGUUAGAUGCACGCGGGGUAGCAUAGCAUGGUGCUCCUCCACCCACCUAGUGUCGUGUUCCGUGCUUUAACGAUUUGUAACGCGUGCAAUCGAGUAUGUACGUUCAGAAAUAAAAUUUAGAACCUUAACCAUUGAAUAUGUAUUUUGUUAGUA